UGCUUGCUUUCCCCCUGUGGCUGACACUCAUCCAUGGAGUAAAGGUAGCUCCUCUCUCGGUGCUUUCCCCUCCCCGCCAAUUUAAAAAAAAAAAAACGGCGGGAGAUUAAUCCAGCUCUAACUCUCAAGUACACUAACGGACUAUUGACCGUGGCAAACCCCGCCCACAGCCCUGGCUUCCUCGGUGCCUUUUUGCGCUUCCUGAUCUUCAGCCCCUCGAGCCUCUGCGCCGCAAAGUCCCCACUUAAACUGCGGGACAGUUUUCAUCAAUGGCGUAUUCUAAAAACCACUUUGCAUGAGCCCAGAAACGAGUGCCGGACCUCCUUUUAACCACGGACCUAAUUUGGGAAGCCCCAGCUGCCUCUCUCAGAGCGCCCAGCUCGACUUCUUCUGCGUCUAGAUCCGCGACUCUAUGGCGUCGGACUUUUGGGGGGCAAAGAUCCUACUGGCAAGUGUUCUGAUCGGGUAUUUCGACUUCGGGAAGUGUGAGUCCAUGAAGAUAUUUGGCUGCAUGAACGAUUAUGUUACACUUUCACCACUUCAUCUAAACAUAGAGAAUUUAAAGAACUGGAAGUUUAACGAUAUUACCUGGAAGAAAGGGAAAGAUAAAGUAGCAGAUUGGCAAAAGAAUGAAAAUGUUAUGUACUUUGGAUCCUUUCUAAAAAGGGCUACUUUAGACUUGGAAUCUGGAAAUCUUACCAUCUAUAAUUUAACAAGACCUGAUGAAGGGGAAUAUAAAAUAGAAUCACUGAAUCUUCCACAAGGCAAGGCCGUGUAUCUUUAUGUUUUAGAGAAUCUUUCACAACCUAAUCUCUCCUGUUCAUUUGAGGAUGGAAAAAUUACGGUUUCAUGUGAAGGAUCAGAAGAUGAUCGUUUUCUAAAUUAUAAAUGGAAAUUUCAUGGAUCGUAUGUGAAUAUUUCUAAAUCACAGGUACAGCUAAAUAAUUCUGUAGAUUUCCAUCAAAGCAUUUCCUGCAUUACAUGGAACCCUGUAUCUACCAGUGAAUCUCCACUCUUUCUCCAGUCCUGUGUUCCAAAAGGGAAUCAGAGAAGACAUAGUUAUUUACUAAUUGGAGCAAUCCCAUUUGUAAUUGUUCUAUCCGUGGGAAGCCUUUGCAUCGUAAGAAAAUGGGGGUUAUUGAAUGAAAGAUGAACCCCAACGCCUAUAAAUGGAGCAAUGAAAAUAUCUUUGGAAAUUUCAUUUGAGUAUUUUCUUCAUAAAUAAAUGUAUAGCUGCUAAAACACUGGUUCUUCUCCAGCUAUAACUUCAAAAGGAAGUUGAAUUAAGAGGUCAGGAGCAACUGAGUUCAAAUUUGGCAUCAGACACUGAACACUUCCAAGUUGUGUGACCCUGGGCAAAUGACUUAACUCCAAUUGCCUCAGCCCCCCCCAAAAAAAACCCACAACAACAAAAAAAAAUCCCGCUGCACUUGAGCACAACAUCCUCUCAAGAAUUGUUUUCCUUUGGAGAGUUACUCUGUCGUCAUCACCAGCUGCCAUACCAGGCUAGCCAACCACCAGCUUGGCCCAAGAAGAAGUGGGACACAAUAAGCACUGGCAGAGCCAGCAGCAAACUGAGAAUUCUAUGGGAACAAAUUGCUUUUAUUUUGUGCAUUCAAGCUGGGGGCCUUUGGAAAAGGAAAUGGGUUUUUCUUUCUCUUUCUUUAGAAGAUCCUUUAAGGAAAAGGGAAGGCAAGAAGGGUGUUUAUUAUUGAUGACUUAUUCGGUACUGAUUGCAUUUUGCAUUAUCGAAUCCUAUGUAUUGUCAUAGCUCUGGCAGUGAAGCCAGUCAACAAGGAUGUCAACAAGAAUGAUUGAGCUAUAGCCCAAGGAAAGUGUUCUGCGCAUGUAUAUUUUUAUGCUUGUACAUAUUUAUGUAGAUAGAUAGAUGUAGAUAGGAUACACAUUUUUAAUAUCUGUGUAUGUAUUUUUUUGGUGUGUAUGUAUGUAUAUUUUUAAUUUAAAAAAAUUUUUAAGUGGGGGGCAAGUCAAGAUGGGGAAGAACAGACAAAAUUUUGUCUGUGAUCUCAUCUGAUCUCCUCUCAAACCAACAGCAGAUUAAGCCUCCAAAUUGGCUUUGGUGGCAAAGAAUCCACAAAUAUUUGGAAUAUAACACAUUUCUAGAAGUUAAUUUGGAAGAACUUCAGAAGAGGUCUGUUUCAAAUGGGCAGGGGGACAGUCUUCCGAGCCCAGACUUCAGCACAGGAAGAUGGGGCAAAGAGCUGGGGCAAGAGGCAGAGCACUGCAGCUUCCACGCAUCUGGGAAUCUUCUGUGAGCCUCUUAGGCUACUUUGUCCUAGUGCAAGCAGGUGGUUUGGCAGAUUUGCCACAAAAGGCAAAUUGUAAAUCAUUGAGCCAUGAAAGAAUACAGGACCUGGUCACAAUUACCCAGUAUUGGAAAUCAAUCAGCAGAACUGCCUCAGGGCAAAUUAAAGCAGCUAUCUGCUCCUUUUUGUUAAGAUCAGACCUUAAGCCUUUAAAAAAAAAAAAAAAAAAAAAAAAAAAAACUUCACC